AGAGCGGCGUUUCGGCACCGGUGGAAUCAGUGCGAGUACCGUACGUCAGAUGUCAGAGGAAGGAUUGUAACUGUCAGCAGUAUUCACUGUAACCGGUAGAGGGCGCAAGGCACAGUGCUGUGGUGAUUUCAGGAACAGAGUUGGCCCGUCAGAUUCACAGAGAAAUCCAGCGAGAUGUGGAAGAGCUAGUCGCUCAGGGCAACAUGAGGCCCCACCUUGGCGUAAUCUUAGUCGGAGAUGACCCAGCCAGUCAUACCUAUGUUAAGAACAAGACCCGGGCAGCCACCAUCCUGGGUAUUUCCAGUGAGACAGUGGUUCGGCCCAGCUCAGUUUCCCAGGAGGAGUUACUGGGGCUGAUCGAUAAGAUGAACCGUGACUGGAGGGUCAGCGGUCUCCUGGUGCAGCUGCCACUUCCAGAGCACAUCAACGAGCGAGCUGUGUGUAAUGCAAUCGCUCCAGAGAAGGAUGUUGAUGGUUUCCAUAUUGUGAAUAUUGGAAAGUUGUGCCUGGACCAGAGAUCGAUGGUACCUGCAACGCCUGCAGCUGUCUGGGAGAUGAUCAAAAGAGCAGGAAUUGAGACAGUGGGAAAGAAUGUCUUGGUUGCUGGUCGCUCCAAAAAUGUUGGAAUGCCCAUUGCUAUGUUGCUGCAUACCGAUCGCAACCAUGAACGCCCUGGAGGUGAUGCCACAGUGACGAUCGCUCACAGAUGUACACCAAGGGAUCAGCUGAAAAAACUUACUAUGCUGGCUGACAUCAUCAUUGCAGCGGCAGGUGUUCCAGCUCUGAUCACGGCAGACAUGGUGAAAAAGGGUGCAGCAGUUAUUGACGUCGGCAUAAAUCGCAUCCUGGACCAGAACACAGGGAAAGUCCGUCUCAUCGGGGAUGUGGAUUUUGAGGGAGUGAAGGAGAAAGCAGGUUUCAUAACACCUGUUCCUGGAGGUGUGGGUCCAAUGACUGUUGCCAUGCUCAUGAAAAACACUGUGACUGCUGCCAGAAAUGCACUGAUGCAUUAAAAACAGUAUACACCCUUCAUUUUAGUUUGCAUUGCAGAGAGGUAACAGCAUAUGAACAUGCAAUAACCUGCAUACAUUUCAGUAUACACGCAAAACAAACCUCUCUGCUGAACAAUUACACACUUUUAUUUCAACAGUUUUGACCUCAAGAUUUCAUACUUGCCUGGAAACCUACUUGAUAUGUACCAUGUUUACUUCCAUAUUUAUUAUUUAUUUUAUUAUUGUAAUUCAGAUUUUGCUUUUGUACAUGUUAGAUUAAUAUUUUUUCUACUGCAAUGUUUUGAUUUAUUGAAUAUGCUUAAAAUUAGCAAGAAAGAAGUCAUAAUAAAAGUGGGUUUCAGUCAGUGCCA